AUGACGAUGGGGGACCUUAGAGGUCUUCCCCCUAUUUUCCGAGUCAACGGUGGUCGAUGUGAUCCGUGCUUCCGCCGGAGAUCGGAUUUGGGCCUGUCUUCGACUGACGGAAAAUAUUUGGCGGGCGAGUACUUGGUGCUGUGUAGGCGCCUCCCGACCAAGUCCUUCUGGCUCAAUCAUUACAGUAUCCGCGCUUCGCCAUUGAUCGUCACAGUGAUUGUGGGUUCCCGAGUCAAAGAUAUGUCGAUGCGGAGGGACAUGCUGCCAUGCUGCAUCUGCACAUUCAGAGGUUCUGAAUCUAUCAUCCGAUGGCACGCAAAGGCUGUCACCUUCGACAUACUUCUCUUCUUCUCUUAUCUCAAGGCGGCCAUCUUCAUAAUCGCCGAAUCCCAAUGGGUUGUGGGACCACGAGUUCCCGAGCCAAACAUUGGAGCAAGAAGUAUUGCUGUGAAUCCAACGGUCAGAUUUGUCCCAAAGUUGGUGCACCCCGGCGACUGCGUGCACUUUUUCGAAGCAAAUAUCUGGAGAAAACGACCCGCGUGUCGCUUCUGA